GAACAAACUAUAAAAGCAGGUAGAACCUCUGAAACUUGCAGCAGCACAUAACAUACUCAAACUUGCUUUUGCUCUUCUCUGAUAUUAAACUUUAUGCAAAAGACAAACCCCUAUAUGGUCUUUAAUAUCCCUACAAGAUCCGUUUUCUGUCAGAACCUGUAUUCGAAGAGCUUCAUAUUUAUAUAUUCCAGUCCUCCACCCAGCCCACCAGAAAAACAGACUGUAUACUAUAAACCAUCACUGACCAGACAGAAGCCAUGGCUGAAGGUUCAGUAGUGUUUCUUCUUACUAAGCUAACAGAGUUUCUUCAAAAAGAGGGAAGCCUGUUGUCAGAAGUUCGAGAAGAAGCUGAGUACAUCAAUGAUGAACUAGAGUUCAUGAAAGCCUUUCUAAGAGUUGCAGAGACAAUGGAGGAUAGUGACCCUCAGCUAAAAGUGUUUGCAAAGAAAGUGAGAUAUGUUGUCUAUGACCUUGAAGAUGCUCUUGAUGAUUUCAAGUUGCACCUUCCUUCUGAUCAUAGAAAUGGAUUCCUUGCUUCUUUACAAAAGAUGUCUCACUUGAUUAGAAGUUUAAAAGCUCGGCAUCAAAUUGCUCUAAAAAUGCAACGCAUCAAAUUGAAAGUGAUAAGUAUCUCAGAAACACAUAGAAGAUACUUGAUUAAAAAUAAUAUAAUGGAACAGGGCUCGAGUUCCAGUGCUGAAGGACAGCCAUCCAGAAGAAGGGAUGAUCUUCAACUUGAAGAAGCUAAUCCAGUGGGCAUCGAACGCCCCAAGACGAAGCUCAUUGAGUGGCUUUUUGAAGACAAAUCUGACCGGGAAGUGGUGUCAGUUGUUGGAAUGGCUGGUCUGGGUAAGACCACCUUGGUAACCAAGGUGUACAAUAAUAAAGAAGUGAAGAAACGGUUUGAAUUCCGGGCAUGGAUCACUCUUUCUCAAUCUUUCACAACGGAAGACUUGUUAAUAGAUAUAAUUCUACAACUCUUCCAUGUUCUUCGAUUAUCAGAACCUCAAGGAGUGGACAACAUGGACAAUCAUAAGCUCAGAACAGUAAUCAACGAAUUCCUUCAGGAACGGAGGUACCUUAUAGUCCUGGAUAAUGUUUCUGACACCAGAGCAUGGAAUGAUUUUGAGCGUGUGUUACCGAACAAUAGUUGCGGCAGCAGAAUACUGCUUACAACACGGAAUCAUGAUGUCGCCUUGGCCUCAUCCCCUGAAAAAGCCUACAACCUAUGUCCAUUAUCUCAAGAAGAGUCAUGGACUUUGUUCUGCAGGAAAAUAUUUCAGAACAGCAUUUGCCCUCCACAUCUGAACAGUGUUUUGCAGAAAAUCCUGGUCAGAUGUCAGGGAUUGCCACUUGCAAUUGUGGCCAUUGGUGGGGUUCUUGCGACGAAGGACAGGAGUAGAAUAGACGAAUGGGAAUUGGUGCAUCGAGGUCUUGGCGCAGCGUUGGAAGACAAUGACAGAUUGAGAAGUAUAGUAUCACUCAGUUACAAUGAUUUGCCGUACUAUCUCAAACACUGUUUGAUGUAUUUCAGCAUCUUUCCUGUGGGGGACUCGAUUGAGCAUACAAGACUUGUUCGAUUAUGGAUUGCGGAAGGGUUCGUGAAAAAAAAGGAAGGAAUGACUUUAGAGGAAGUUGCAGAAGGCUACCUGAAUGAGCUCAUAAAAAGAAGCUUAGUCCAAGUGGUAGAGACAACUACUGAUGGGCGAGUGAAAACAUGUCGAGUCCAUGAUAUUCUGCUAGAAAUGAUCAUUUUGAAGUCAAGAGACCAAGAUUUUGCAGCCAUAGCUACUGAACAGAGCAGUAGCAUGAUGUGGCCUGAAAAAGUCCGCCGAUUGUCAAUGCAUAAUGUUAUGCCAAGCAUACAAGAAGUACUUAAUAACUCUCGACCACGUUCGCUGCUCAUGUUUUGGUGGUUUGAUUCUUUACCUGAAUCCUUUGUAUUGAAUUUGUCUUCUCGUCGUUUAAGGCUGCUUAAUGUUUUAGAUCUGGAAGGCACACCUUUAAAGAAAUUUCCAAAUGAAGUUGUCAACCUCUACCUUCUGAAAUAUCUGAGUUUGAGGAAUACCAAGGUGACUUCCAUUCCAAGCUCUAUUAGCAAGCUUCAGUACCUAGAAACCUUGGAUUUGAAGCACACCCAUGUCACUGAAUUGCCUGCUGAGAUUCUGAAGCUCCAAAAACUUCGCCACCUGCUAGCAUAUCGCUAUGAAAGUGAAUCUGAUGAUCAGAUUCACACCAAAUAUGGGUGCAAGGCACCAGCUCUUAUAGGAAGUUUACAGUCUCUACAAAAGCUUUGCUUCCUGGAGGCAAAUCAAGUCAAUCUUUUGACAGAACUGGGAAAACUAGAUAAGCUGAGGCGGCUAGGCAUUGUCAAGUUAAGGAGAGAAGAUGGGAGGAUCCUGUGCGCUUCCAUUGAGAGGCUGAGAAACCUUCGUGCAUUGUCUAUUUGUUCAGUAGAAGAGCGCGAGGUCAUUGAUAUAGAGAAUUUAUCUUCUCCUCCUAGAUUUCUUCAACGUCUGUACUUGACAGGACGUUUCGAGAAGCUACCAGAAUGGAUAUCUUCACUUGAUGGUUUGGUGAAGGUGGUCUUGAAAUGGUGUGGAUUAAGCGAUGAUCCUCUGCUGUUGCUUCAGCAUUUACCCAAUCUGGUACAUCUUGAAUUUGUGCAGGUUUACGAUGGGGAGAUCUUAUGCUUUCAAGCUAAGGGGUUUCAGAGGCUGAAAUUUCUGGGUCUAAACAGGUUGGACAGACUCAACACUAUAAUCAUUGAGCAGGAAGCAAUGCCUAAUCUUGAAAAGCUGAUUGUUCAGAGCUGUAGAUCACUGCAGAGGGUGCCAUUAGGCAUUGAGUACCUGAAUGAGCUCAAAAUUCUGGAGUUCUACAACAUGCCUUUAGAACUAAUCAUGGCACUGCAUCCCAAUGGAGGAGAAAACGGAGAUUAUUGGAAGGUUGAGCGUGUGCCUGAGGUAUACUUCACCUACUGGUAUGAUGGCAACUGGGAUAUCAUUUCCUUGGAGAGUUUCAAAGGCAGAAACUCUGCUCAAUCUGGGCCUAGCAUUAUUCAGCGUCCUCGGCACAUCUGGAAAUACAAAAAUUGGAUUUCCUCUAGUUUAAGAAGUAAAUUGCAGUUGUUAUUGUGUCUUUCAUUAUCUGUUCGAGUCAUUGAAUUCCAUGGAAGAGAGUGUGUUUCAUUCAUGGCAAGAGAAAAUUAUCAGCCAUUUGCACUAUCCUUCGAUGGCUCAAGAGAGUUGGCUACACUGAAGUUCAUAGGUUUAACAGUUCUGUGUUCAAGAACCAUCUCUGACCUAACAGAAGCAAUGGCUGAAGGUUCAGUAGUAUUUCUUCUUACUAAGCUAACAGAAUUUCUCCAAAAAGAGGGGAGCCUAUUGUCAGAAGUUCGAGAAGAAGUUGAGUACAUCAAUGAUGAACUUGAGUUCAUGAAGGCCUUUUUAAGAGUUGCAGAGGCAAUGGAGGAUAGUGACCUUCAACUCAAAGUGUUCGCAAAGAAAGUGAGAUAUGUUGUCUAUGACCUCGAAGAUGCUCUUGAUGAUUUCAAGUUGCACCUUCCUUCUGAUCAUGGAUAUGGGUUCCGUGCUUCUCUUCAGAAGAUGUCUCAUUUGAUUAAGGGUUUAAAAGCUCGACAUCAAAUUGCUUUAAAAAUGCAACGCAUCAAAAUCAGAGUGAUAAAUAUCUCAGAAACACAUCGAAGAUAUUUGAUAAAAAAUAAUAUCAUGCAACAGGGCUCGAGUACCAGUGCUGAAAGACAGCCAUCCAGAAGAAGGGAUGCCCUUCAACUUGAAGAAGCUAAUCCAGUGGGUAUUGAACGUCCCAAGAUGAAGCUUAUUGAGUGGCUUGUCGAAGACAAAUCUGAGCGUGAAGUGGUUUCAGUUGUUGGAAUGGGUGGUUUGGGUAAGACUACCUUGGUGACAAAAGUGUAUUAUGAUAAAGAAGUGAAGAAACGGUUUGAGUUCCGUGCUUGGAUCACUCUUUCUCAAUCUUUCACAAUAGAAGACUUGUUGAAAGAUAUAAUUCUACAACUCUCCCAUGUUCUUCCAUUAUCAGACCCUCAAGGAGUGGAUAACAUGGACAAUGCUAAGCUCAGAACAGUAAUUGAAGAAUUUCUUCAGGAACGGAGAUACCUUAUAGUCCUGGAUAAUGUCUCGGAUACUAGAGCAUGGUAUGAUUUUGAGCUUGUAUUGCCAAACAAUAGUUGUGGCAGCCGAAUCUUGCUUACAACACGAAAUCAUGAUGUUGCCUUUGCCUCAUCUGCUGAUAAAGCCUACAACCUGAGUCCAUUAUCUCAAGAAGAGUCUUGGACUUUGUUUUGCAGGAAAAUAUUUCAAAACAACCCCUGCCCUCCACUAUUGAACGGAAUUUUGCAAAAAAUCCUGGUCAGAUGUCAGGGAUUGCCACUUGCAAUUGUAGCAAUUGGUGGAGUUCUUGCAAUGAAGGAUAGAAGUAGAAUAGAUGAAUGGGAAUUGGUGCAUCAAGGUCUUGGCGCUGCUCUAGAAGAUCAUGACAGAUUGAAAAGUAUACUCUCCCUAAGUUACAAUGAUUUGCCUUACUAUCUGAAAUACUGUUUGAUGUAUUUUAGCAUCUUUCCUGUGGGUGACUUAAUUGAGCGUGCGAAACUUGUUCGAUUAUGGAUAGCAGAAGGGUUUGUUAAAGAAAAGGAAGGAAUGACAUUAGAGGAAGUUGCAGAAGGCUACCUGAAUGAGCUUGUAAAAAGAAGUUUGGUCCAAGUGGUAGAGACAACUAGUGAUGGACGAGUCAAAACAUGCCGAGUCCAUGACAUUCUCCUAGAAAUGAUAAUUUGGAAGUCAAGAGACCAAGAUUUUGCAGCCAUAGCUAAUGAACAGAACACUAGCAUGAUGUGGCCUGAAAAGAUCCGCCGCUUAUCAAUACAUAAUGUCAUGCCAAGCAUACAAGAAAUACUUAUUGCCUCUCGACCACGUUCACUGCUCAUGUUUUGGUGGUUUGAUUCUUUACCUAAAUCCUUCGUAUUGAUUUUAUCUUCUCAUCGUUUAAGAUUGCUCAAUGUUUUAGAUCUAGGAGGCACACCUUUAAAGAAAUUUCCAAAUGAAGUUGUCAGUCUCUACCUUCUAAAAUAUCUGAGUUUAAGGAAUACCAAGGUGACUUCGAUUCCAAGCUCUAUAGGUAAGCUUCAGAACCUAGAAACCUUGGAUUUGAAGCAGACCCAUGUCACUGAAUUGCCUGCCGAGAUUCUGAAGCUCCAAAAGCUUUGCCACCUACUAGUAUAUCGCUAUGAAAUUGAGUCUGAUGAUCAGAUUCACACCAAAUAUGGCUGCAAGGCACCAGCUCAAAUAGGAAGUUUGCAGUCUUUACAAAAGCUUUGCUUCCUGGAAGCAAAUCAAGGCAAUACUCUUUUGGCAGAACUGGGAAAACUAAAUCAGCUGAGGAGGUUAGGCAUUGUAAAGAUAAGGACAGAAGAUGGGAGGACGCUGUGCGCUUCCAUUGAAAGGCUGAGAAACCUUCGUGCAUUGUCUAUUUCUGUAGAAGAGAGUGAGGUCAUUGACAUAAAUUACUUAUCUUCUCCUCCUAGAUUUCUUCAACGGUUGUACUUGACAGGACGUUUGGAGAAUUUACCAGAAUGGAUAUCUUCACUUGAUAGUUUGGUGAAGGUUGUUCUGAAAUGGAGUGGGUUAAGUGAUGAUCCGUUGCUAUUGCUUCAGCAUUUACCCAAUCUGGUCCAUCUUGAAUUUGUGCAGGUUUAUGAUGGAGAGAUUUUGUGUUUUCAAGCCAGGGGGUUUCAAAGGCUUAAGGUUUUGGGGCUAAACAAGUUACAUAGACUCAAUACAAUAACUAUUGAGCAGGGAGCAAUGCCUAAUCUUGAAAAGCUGAUUGUUCAGAGCUGCAGGUCACUGCAGAGGGUGCCAUUAGGCAUUGAAUACCUGAAUGAGCUUAAAGUUCUGGAGUUCUACAACAUGCCUUUAGAAUUAAUCAUGGCAUUGCAUCCCAGUGGAGGAGAAAAUGGAGACUACUGGAAGGUUGAGCGCGUCCCGGAGGUUUACUUCACCUACUGGUAUGAUGGUAAUUGGGAUAUCAUUUCUAUGGAGAGUUUCAAAGACAAAAGCUCUGCUCAGUCUGGUUCAAGCAUUAUGCAGCGUCCUCGGCAUAUCUGGAAAUAGUGAUCCUCCAGACAUGGAGUCUUUCUUUGGUAGUUUCGGUGAUGAUCAUGUAUUCAAUCAAUAAAUAAGAAUGUUAAAAAAAUUAUUUUAAUUAUGACAUUUUAGAAUUUAUCUGAAUGUUAUUAGUAUCAUCCAUCUUUACACUAUAUAAUUUUUAAAUUUUAUUUAUUUUUCUAA